UUGUCAAUUUUGUUCAUAACAAUAUUCAAAAUGGUUACGUGUCGGAAAAAAUGAGUAUAAUUAUUACUUGUGUGUGUUAUCUAUGAUGAGUACCUAUUUUAAAAUGCUUUAAUACAAUAAUUACAUCCCAUACCAACGAUAUGGCUGUCAAACAAGAACCCGUUUUAAAUCCACAACCAGAAAAACAAAAAAGCAGCAUCUUGUGUCUUGAUAUAAGUAAUUUCAGUCAAACGGUCCAGUUUAUGUUAUGCUGUGCAGCGGUGUUCGUGUUUUACUUGCUUUAUGGAUACAUGCAAGAGCUUAUUUUUACCAUUAAGGAUUUUAAGCCAUUUGGUUGGUAUCUGACUUUGGUGCAAUUUGGAUAUUAUACAAUAUUUGGAAUUGUGGAAACAAAGAUUCGGGGCAUUCAUAAGAGAUGUAUACCUAUGAAGGUUUAUUUUGUAUUAGCACUAUUAACUUUGGGCACUAUGGGCUUCUCAAAUUCAUCUCUAGAGUACCUCAAUUAUCCUACGCAAGUGAUAUUUAAAAGUUGCAAGCUGAUACCUGUACUAGCUGGAGGCAUUAUUAUACAAGGAAAACGGUAUGGACCACUGGAUUUUCUUUCAGCUCUACUAAUGUGUGUUGGGUUAACAUUAUUCACAUUGGCUGAUUCACAGGUCCAACCCAAUUUUAAUACAAAAGGUAUAACUGUGAUCUCGCUUGCUCUGCUUUGUGAUGCCGUUAUUGGAAAUGUACAAGAAAAAAAUAUGAAAGGAUAUGGAGCCCCAAAUGCUGAAGUAGUGCUCUAUUCUUAUGGACUUGGAUUUGUAUAUAUUUUUGUUGUUAUGUUAGCUACUGGAGACUUCUUUCGUGGACUAAGUUUUUUUGCUGAAAGUCCAUAUAUCACCUAUGGUUAUGCAUUUAUUUUUUCUGUAACAGGUUACCUGGGUAUUCAAGUGGUUCUAACUCUAGUCAGAACUACAGGGGCUUUUGCUGCUGUUACUGUUACGACAAUGAGAAAGGCUGUGACCAUAAUAAUAUCUUUUAUCUUUUUCAGUAAGCCUUUCACAAUGCAGUAUUUCUGGUCUGGAUGCGUUGUAGUAUUUGGCAUUUAUAUCAAUUUGUAUAGUAAAAAGCACCCGUUAUCAAUGAGUGAUUUUGAAGAUUGCUGUGAUAGAUUACUAAGAAGAAUAAGGACCAAACUAAUAGCAAAACAAUACAGUAGUGGACAAUACUUGACCAGCGUUUAAACUGGCCAAUAGGAAAUAGCUUUUGUACAUUUUAUAUUACAAUUUUUGAAUGAAACGCAACUGUUUAUCUAUAGAUAAUUUAUUUAUAAAAUUAAAUUAUACCUAUAACAAUAUUAUAGUAUAGUACAAAAUAUGGAAUAAUUUUAAGAAUCAACCAUAAAGUAAAUAAAGAAAAU